AUGCCACUGCCGGACUCCGAUUGGGGUCACGAUUGGGAUUUAUCUCCACCGGGCACCGUAUCUUCGUUCCUUGUCGUUCGGUUGGUCCACGCUAACUGGACGCUUCGCAUUGACGAGGCUGUACCAGCGGUGGAUCGAGUGGUUCCUUGGGAUAAAAUAAAUAACAAUGCUCUUCCCGUCCGUUCUUCUCUGAGCUGUGAAGUUUCACCAGAUGCCAUGCGGACCGCCAAUGAGAUCCCUCUUCACCCAUUACGGUUUGCCCGGCCAGUAUCUCCUGUCCUUGCCGCUCGUCCCAGCAUCCACGGUCGCGGCGGAGGGUGUCUGCCAACGGACCAUUUGGCUCAAGAUCCGUCGCCGAGGACCCUUCAACCCCUGAGAGGAUCUCACGGGCCGAUAAACAUCGCUAUCGCCCGGCGCCGCCAAGUACAUCGAUGCGCAUUCCAGCAGCAUCUCCAAUAUCCCUGUCGCCAUCAUAACGUCUCUGGCGGUGGUUACCGUGACCAGCGGUGCCCUCGGCCUUCAGUCGCACCGACAAUUUACCACGCCAAGAAAGGGGCCAGCUGGGCUCUGCUGAUCGGCUACCGUCUCCGGCCUCAGCGUUGGCGGUUAGCUCUGGGUUCCAUCGUGGUUAACAACUUCCGCCACCGUCAGCGCCUGCAGGAGCCGGACGGAAAGAUCCAGGAAUUUGGAUAA